CUCAGGGUUGUUCAGAUAUAAAUAAGCCAAAUGGACAAUUCAUCUUACCAAAUGACCUGAUGGCUGUCGUGACAUUUAUAUCUUCACUUCCCAUACGAAAGAUUGGGGGCAUUGGUAAGGUCACUGAACAUAUUUUAAGGGAUGUUUUUGGAAUCAAUACAUGUGGGGGUAUGCUGCAAAAGGGUGGUUUCAUCUGUGCACUAUUUUCUCGUUCUACAGCAGGCCUGCGGUUGUCUGAAUUUAAUAAAGACAUGGUUGGUGCUCCAUCUGAAACUACACAAAAAAACUCUCACCCAUUUUCUUAUAUCAGGAGAUUCGUCUAGGAAAAGUAACAGUGAUAAUAGUUCCUUAGGCUCAAUUGUUGAUAGCCAUGAGAUAUGUAGUUAUGAAGAUAGAGAUUUAUUGGACGACAACCACUUACCAGAUUUGGAGGACAAUCACACUAUUAGCAACAAUGCUGGUGGGGUGGAAAAAACUUAUGAGCCUUUCAAGAAUGGGAACUGCAAACAAGAGAGUCAUCUUCUGUGGAGUUUGCAUGUAGCAGCCUACAUGAAUGAAGUGAACAGGAGGGCCAACUUGCUGGAUGACGAGGCAGUUUCUUCAUCCAAUCAGGAAGAGCUACUUUUGUGGGUAAAUGAUUACAAGUGAUCGCUAUGUGGGAUUGAAUUACCACCAGGCACCAGGCUUUUUUUUUUUCUUUUUC